AGAGGGAGGAGGAGAAGGAAACGGCUGCGGCGUGCAAUUUGUAAUUAGGGCGCUUUGAGCAUCUCCCGGCGGGGGCGCAGCGCCGGGCGGCGAGGGGAGCUCGAGAGAGCCGCCCCCGCCGCACGCCCCUCCGGGGCCGGAGCUGGAGCCGUGCGAGCCGUCGGGGCUGCGGCAGCCCUGGCUCCCCAGAGCCGCCGGGAGAUCCGCGAUCCGCCACCAUGAGCAGCGCGGCCGCGGAGAAGCCGGUCAGGUUUGCUGUCACUCAGGAACAGAAGCCUGGAACUGAAGCUAUUCGAAGAGCCUUCAGAAUGACCAGAUUCAUGAAUCAGCAGCUGGGCUUGCAGCACAUCCAAGGGGAGAACAGAUGGCAACUGAUUCAGUCCAUUUUGUUACACACUGUAGUUUAUGAAGUGAGUUUUCAGGGACCUGAGGCUUAAACAUGCCAAGGGGAUGAAUGUUUCCAGUUUGAGCAGCUAUUUAAGGCAAAGAAGCAAUAGAGGUGGAAAUCCCACAGAGGCACCAGGAUGUGAUGGCCAAUGAUGAGCAGUAAUUACUGCAGCAACACUUCAACGAGCAUGAGUGUCAACGAAAUGUCUGCCUUCCCUCUGACUUUAGAGCAAAAAACUGGUUUUGCUUUUGUAGGAAUUCUGUGUGUUUUCUUGGGACUCCUAAUUAUCAGAUGCUUCAAAAUCUUGCUGGACCCCUACAGUAGUAUGCCUUCUUCUACGUGGGAAGAUGAAGUUGAGGGGUUGGAUAAAGGGACAUUUGAAUACGCUCUUGCAUGAAAAUUCAUUGAAUAUCCUGCCUUAAAUUUGAUGAUGAUCUCAUUUUGGAAACCAACUGUUAGUACACUUGUUAUACAUACAUACGUUUUGAAGGUAUGUUGGUGGCAUCCAUUUUUGUUAAAUAAAUAUUUGUUGCAAAUUCAAAA